CCAGCAGGGGGACUGGAACAACAAUUCGUAAACGAAAAAAGUAUCCAAGAUGGCCGAAGCUAAACAAGAAAUUGAAGGAGAAACCGGGUGGAUUCCGGCAACCAAAAGGCCAGACGGUACAUGGAGAAAGGCGAGGAGGGUGAAAGAGGGAUAUGUUCCUCCAGACGAGGCAGAAAAAUACGAAAGUAAAGGAAAACAGUGGGUCAAUAGUCAGUCUGGUGUAGUGCCAGGAGCGAGUGAAACAGAAACGGAAGCUAAAUCGCCGGCAAAAUUGAGUAAAAACCAAAAGAAAAAUGAACGAAAAAAAGCAAAGAGGAAAGAGAAACGGGAAGGCGAAGCAAAUGAUGGUGAUGCUGAAGAUGUUACUACAGGAAUAUCUAGGUUUGAUAUGAUAGGGUUUUUGCGUAUACAUCUUUUAAAUUAAUUAAAAGGUGAACAGUCGCGGCGAAAAGUGUUCUCCGAUCUGCGCUCGCGAUUUUUCAUCUUCAUCUUUGGCAGAAACGGACCCUUCAUGAUAAAAUUAGUCUAUACCAGAACUUUCACGAUGUUUGAGGAAAUCUCACUGCUGCGGAAAUUCGAUACAAUUUUCGAAACACCGCAACGUCCAAACAUCGUCAAAUUUUCGCCAUAGACUAAUUUGAGCAUGAAGAUUUCAAUUCUGAGGUUUAUUGCGGAUGAAGAUGUAAAAUCGACAACAUGAAUUUGGAUCGGGGAAUCGAGUGAACAGUCGCAGAAAGUAUGGUCUGUUUUCACGCGACACUUGAAUGUUUGUAUUUGAGUAUUUGUUUGUAACGAGUAUUUGAAGGUUUCAAUGGCUCAGCGUUAAAUCAAAGUAAGGCUAGCUAAAUGUGAGUGGGUAAUCUGAAUGAGCGUAGGCCGAUCUUGUGUCUACGACUAUUCAUCUUUUAAUUUGACGCAAAAGACCGGACGUUGAUAUGAAUGAGACCGGAUGUCUGGAUUAACUUUGUUAAUAAAAUACAUGGCGGUCAAUAGUUCAACAACAACGUAUUCGUGCUAGUUGUCUAGUAUUGCUCUGAUCAAAACUACAGAUGGACAUUCAUCAAGAAAGACUGAUGGAGAAUCGGUCUCGUAUAAACAGAAACUAUCCAAACUAGCGAGGCUUUCAUCACGCCACACUUCAGUACACGUGGAGGGCACUUACACAAUGUCAAAAGAAUCUCAUUAGAAUCUCAUUACUCGUGCGAUAUUUUUCUCGCGUGGGCAACGAAAUUUAAUUGCUUUACCCGCGCAAGAAAGUUGCCAACACGUUCAACGAUUUUCUCAUUUGAACGUAAGAUGAGUGCAUAGCCCGAGGCUAAAUUCAUGAUUUCUUGGAAAAAUUUAGCGCUCUUAAUUUUAGACACACGUUUCAAAGUUUGAUCAAAUAAAUAUUAUGUUGUCAAUAUAGACCUGAAGAUCCUAAUAUGUAUUUAAAUAGGUCUUAACAUCAAUGUCAUGGUUUUCUAUUUAGCACAUCGCUGACAGAGAGCAUUGCGGGCCAAGACACGAGGAUAGAUAGCUCGACGACACUGGACAGCGAAGCAAAAGCAAAGAAACUUAAAAACUUAAAAAAGAAAAUUCGACAAAUCGACGAACUUCGGGCGAAAGUUGACAGUGGGGAACUGAAAGAGCUGACGGUACAUCAAAAAGAGAAGAUGGCGAAAAGAGAAGGGUUUUUAAACAACCUCAAAGAACUGGAAGCGGUUUAAAUAACUGAAAUUUUAAAGAAAUUUUAAGAUUUUUAUGUAAAGUUUUAAAAUUUGUUUCCAGUAAAAUACAAGAUAUCUAACAAAUGGCAUUAUAAAAACUGCUUUAAUAAAAAUAAGUCCAACCUCUCCAUAUAGACCCAUUGCACUGACGUCACAAAUCCUUAGAGUGCCCUCCAGAUGCUCCCUAACAAUAUCUGUUCGGGUACAACAACCACAUACAGC